AUGUCCUCUCUCACUCCAGUGCAAGUUCCCCUUGGGCAUUUCCCGAUCGAAGUCGUCCAAUUCUGGCGGGGUGAAAGAGCCCCUGGACAGCCUUUCCCCCCACAUUGGGCCAUCUUCGUGCGGACAGCAGGUUCUCUCGGCAACUACUAUCACGUCCUUGGGAACGUCGACACUUUUAGGGUGGCCAUCGAACGCAAUUUUCAGCAAACAAACGGUGGAGCGUGGAGAGGUAGCCACACCGUUGGAUAUGUUGCGCCCCACCACUUGGCCGCUUUAGAGUCCGCUCUUUAUCAUGUGCCAGUCGUUCGAUAUGACCCUUCCUGGAACACCCAGAGAUGGGUUCAUGAGGCAAUUCGGACACUCCGUAGCCUUAAUUUUUUUAUCCACCCGGAGGUAACAACGGCGAGGUUGCAAACCCAGAUGGCAUGUCUACUUGAGGCUUGGGAAAAUGGGGAGAUCUAG